AUCACCACUAGUAAAUAUGUCCAUAUUCAUCAAUGGAAGUGUAUACCAAAGUCAAACUGUGAGAUAUCCAGUACAACAAUACGUGGAAGAAUACCAAGUUAGACUUGUUAAUUUAAAAAAAGAAGGGAUGGGACGAGCCCUUUACGAGGGUGUACAUAAGAAUCAAAUUCUCGUUGCGCAGUGGCGUGAUGGGAAGAAGAAUGGCAUGGGAUUGAUUUACGAUAAAGAUACGAAGCGAGUCAUACGGAGAGUGGAAUUUAGAGCUGAUGAGCCCAUAAAUGAUGAAAUCGUACCGGAACAGAGGAUAAUGCACGGUAUUAUCGAUUCCUCUGACGGAACUCGUUGGGAGGGAGAGAUCAUUGAUGGAGAAGCUUGCGGGGUAGGCCGCAUCUACAACUCGAUGAACGAGCUAAUUUAUGAAGGCUUCUACAUUGAUGGCGGCCGAACCGGGAAUCUUGCGUAUGAAGGUCUUUGGUGUCGUGACAUGCGCCACGGAGAAGGCACUUCCUAUGACCGUCAAGGAAAUAUGGUUGUAAAAGGUCUGUUCUUGGAAGACAAUUUUGUGGAGGUCAAUGUGGUGAUUCGCACGUUUUCGGACAUUGACAGCCUCAGCACGCUGACUGAGACGCUCGUCGUGAGUGACAAUACCCUAAACGAGCUCGCGCACAUGGAUCUUUCGGAGUGUCGAAAGCUCCAAACCCUGAAAAUCGGCUCCAACUGCUGCAAAAACGUUUGCUCCUUCCGCAUUUCGCGCCUGCGCGAGUUGCAAACCAUCGAGAUCGGUAGUUUCUCAACUCCCGGGAUCUCGUCGAGCAGGUACGUCGCACCUUCGAGGUUUCGUUCUGCCCUUGCGUCACUUCGAUCGAAAUCGCCCCCUUCUCUUUCUUCGAAUAUAAAUCCUUCGUUCUGGACGGUGCGUCUUCUCGACUCCCCUUCUCAAAAUGUAGCGGUUCCGGAGCUCCAGGAGUUCCUUCUCUCGCCCCACACCGUGGGAGAGAGCGGAUUGACGGGCUGCAAUUUCUAUGGCAGUGAGGAACUCCAAAUGAAUGGAGUCAACGGAUGGUUCGCCCAGCUAAACCGAAUCGUGCUCGGCAAUGGCGCGUUCCGCUUUGCGAAACGAGUGGAGCUGCACACUCUCCCGAUGCUGACGGAGCUGGUGUUCGGCGAUGCGAGCGUGGACUUCUGCACGGCGUUCUCGUUGAUUGAUCUGACGAAACUGUGCAAAUUGGAGCUGUACGGAAGCUGCUUGAAUGGGUGCAUCGAUCUGAAGGUCGAGAAUUUGUUCAAGUUAAAGAAUAUAGCGCAUAAGAAGACGCAGGAGAAUGAUCGCAUUUUAAAGUCAUUGAAUAAUUUCAUAAGUAAUAGUAAUAUCGAUCCUGAAAUAAUAUCGUUCUUUCAACAUUAUGUGUGGUACACUAGAGAGAGAGAGGCAUUGAGUGAACAUGUACAUUUUUCUGGAACGAUUCGAAGAAUGGUCUGA